UUAAUCAGUGGUUUCUGUUUUCUAACUGGACACAUUGUAUCGCCUAAGUUUAACUGACUUUCAAGUGUUGCUUUAUUCUUCUUGGCAAACGACUCUCUUGUUUAUCUCACUCUGGACUAUCGAUGCUUUGUGCUGCUCCUUUGUUUUACCACAGCGGAUGGAUCUGCGUGUUUCAUUUGGCACAGAUUUUUCGUCGGAUGCCCCAGUUCUUGACGCAGCACUCCCAUUUAUCUAGCCUUGGUCGCUGGGAGAACAGCAGCUUGUUAUUCUCUGAGGCGUGCUUGUCUCCUCCCGGACUUGAACCGGGGAUCUGUCUCGGUGUUAUCCCCCGUGGACUGCGUAACACAAAGGUCAACCCUCUCUAACGCAGACGUCUACGGGACAUUUUUCAGGAUGACAGUUUUCAGCCUACUUUUGACUUUGGCAACUCCAGCGCUCACUUUUCUGUUCUUCCUGCUGAUCACUGCGUUUCUUGGAUACUGCUUGUUUGUUAAACACAUUCAUAUGAAAUAUGACCACAUACCGGGACCACCGAGAGACAAUUUCCUCCUCGGACACUCACCAUCGUUUUUGAGAAUAAUGAAAAAUGGCGGAAAUGUCCACGACAAACUUUUGGAGUGGGCUGAGCGGUAUGGGCCUGUGUACAGGAUAAAUGUUCUUCAUUACGCUGCAGUGUGUAUAUCCUGCCCAGAGGCAACGAAGGAAGUCCUGAUGUCCCCAAAGUACCCCAAAGAUAAACUUGUUUACCAGAAACUCUCCAACCUGUUUGGUCAAAGGCUCUUAGGCAAUGGCCUGGUAACAGCACGGGAUCAUGAACAGUGGCACAAACAGCGCCGCAUCAUGGACCCCGCAUUCAGCAGCGUGUAUCUGAGAGGUCUAAUGGGAACCUUCAAUGAGAGGGCAGAGAAACUGAUGGAUAAACUCGCAGAUGUUGCUGAGAGUAAAACAGAAGCUAAUAUGCUCCACCUGGUCAACCGUGUCACCCUGGAUGUUAUCACUAAGGUUGCCUUUGGGGUGGACCUGGACCUCCUGAAGAAUACUUCACAUUUCCCUAAAGCCAUUGAGACAUGUAUGAAAGGGUUGGCUUACCACAUCAGAGACAAUUUUUUUGAGUUCAAUCCCAAGAACAGAGCAUUUAUUAAUGAGGUGAGGGAAGCGUGCCGCCUGCUGCGCACAACUGGAGCUCAGUGGAUCCACGAGAGAAAGACCGCCAUUCAAAAUGGUGACGAGGUCCCCAAGGACAUCCUGACACAGAUCAUCAAAUCUGCCAGCCAAGAGGAAAGUACAACUGAAGAAGAUGAGGAAUUUAUGCUGGACAAUUUUGUGACAUUCUUUGUUGCAGGCCAAGAGACAACAGCCAAUCAGCUGGCAUUUUGCAUCAUGGAGCUCGGAAGAAAUCCUGACAUACUGGAGAAGGCGAAGAAAGAGGUGGACGAUGUCAUUGGGAUGAAACGCGAAAUAAGCUAUGAUGACCUGGGGAAGUUAGUCUACCUGUCACAGAUUUUAACAGAGACUCUGAGACUUUACCCCAUAACUCCAGGCACAUCUCGUGAUAUUGCUGAAGACAUGGUUAUUGAUGGGAUCAACAUACCUGGGGGCUUCAUUGCUACAUUCAGCUCCUAUGUGUGUGGGAGACUGGACAAAUUCUUCAAGGAUCCACUGACAUUUGAUCCAGACAGAUUUCACCCAGAUGCUCCCAAGCCUUAUUACUGCUACUACCCUUUUGGCCUCGGUCCUCGCUCGUGCCUGGGAAAAAACUUUGCUCAGAUGGAGGCUAAAGUGGUGAUGGCCAAACUGCUGCAGAGGUUUGAUUUCACUCUUGUCCCGGGGCAGACCUUUGACAUCCUGGAUACUGGCAUGCUCAGACCAAAGAGUGGAGUUAUUUGCUCUAUCAGUCAAAGGGAAUAAGAAGAAUAAAUGGCCGUAAAGUACCAUUACAUUAGAAGAAGUCACAGUAGUCUGUAGAAAUUGUGUCUAAUACUGUGGCCUUUUAAAAAAAGAAAACUUUGUAAUGAAAACAGUAGCAGGUAUGAAUGAAUUGUAUAGUAUAUUCAUAUGAAAUUAAAGUAAUAAUUAUUACUUCUUCAUUACAAUAAUGACUGUAAAGCUAGUUUCAGCUCCCCCUUAUUCACAAGGGGUUGCCACAGCUGGUAUCUGCAUAUUUGAUUUGUCGGUUUUUAUUCCGGAUGCCCUUGUUGGCCCACAGCGUACCGAUGGAAACUGUGCUUCUGUUGGCCGAAGACAAAGGAAGAGGAACAGAGGAAGGUGCGGCAGGGCUGUGGACGUGAGAGUAGGGACUUUAAAUGUAACCGGUGGGCCUGUUGUGGGAUGAUACUAGGAGGAUAUUAGGGAUAGGGUGAGAUGGAGGCAGAUGAUCCACUGUGGCAAACCCUAAAGGGAGGAGCUGAAAGAACAAGAAGAAGGAUUAAUGUCUCUUCCUGUGAUCUGUGCUUGUUAGGCAAAUGUGUAAACCACUACACUACAGAACCACAUGUUACAAUAUUGACUAUAUAGAAACAUUUUUGAGGGGUGCUGGAUACAAAUUUGUUACUUUUACGCAUAUUUGUGAUAUAUAGUUUAUAUAUAGUUGCUUUUUUUCACAGUGACUGAGUCAUAGAAAAUUUUAGUGCCUGUAAUGCAAAUUUAAAAACAUUUUAUGUAAACAAAAAUAAAUUGAAAAUAUAAUGUCUGA